ACACCAGGUAAGAAGAAGGUGGAAGUCAAAACCACAGAUACCAUUCUAAAAUGAAAAUAGUACCAUGCAAACUGAUUCAUGUGUGAUUUAUUCGCACAUUUAUUUGUCGCUGAACCGCAUUAAAUAUUAUUAAUUUACCUAGAACGGCUCUAAUACAAAUGAUGUAGUUCCGUCUCAGUCCAAUAGAUGGCGGUGAAGAGCCUUUUGAGUGCUAACAGUGCAUGUUAGUUUGCGCAGAAGAAGAUGAACUGGUGGGAAAUUUGACGCGAGUGUUUUUCUAUUAACCGAAAUAGAGCCCAAUAAACAAACAGCACUCCUAUAUUUACUAAUAUUUACUGGAGAUGGACCGGUAUGUUUUAGUUAUAUCUUUUUGCCGAACUGAUGACGAGUCGCCGGAUGGUUUUAAAUGUUUGGAGCCACUAAAGCAGAUAUAUGGCAGACUCGUGGACAUCUCCACUCAGGAGUCAGAGAAGGUUUCUGUGUUUCCAGCUUGUUCUCUCAGUGGCAGCCCGUCAGCUCGGAGGUGGUACUUUGCUGUUCAGGCUUGUCACGGAGGUGCACAGUUUUGCACCUCUAAAUGGGAAGAGUUGAGCCUUCACAGAUGUGACGGUGAGGAGGAGAAACCCACUGCUUUGGAAGCUUGUUUGGGUUCUCUGAAGAACCAGGAGGCACCGGACCAAAAGGCUGAUGAGCUGACACUGACAGAGCUGAUGGAGGAGGCUGCAGAGGGACUGCAUGUGCUGUCAGACAAGCUUCCACCUCCAGGUAAAGCCUUGCUGGAUGUUCUGGUGCUGGGCUCUGCUGAGCAGUCCCCUCCUGUUAAAGACCUCCUGCCUCUGCUGGGAGCCGUCAAACACAUGUCCUCCUGGCAUGCUGCAAAGAUCAGUGUCAUCACACAGCACACACCUGGAUGGCAGAAAAUGGCGUCCUCCAUCAGCGCCGCUUUGGUCAAGCUGGCUGACUUGGACAGCUGUAUUGACUCCAAAGAAAUGUGGAGGGGAAGCCUGCUUGUCAGAGAGAAGAAGUGUGUGUCAGAACUCCGCUUUGAUGGUUUUUCUCUGCAUCAGAUAUCAGAGUCUGGUCUUUUGGAAGCUCAACACAUGACCACUGACCACAAACUGCAGUCUGAGGUCUUUCAUUACUAUGCGCCAGUUUUAGAUUUGGUUCAGCUGGUUAAUCUGUCAGACCUGCCAAGCUUCCUGAUCUCCAGCGCCCAGUUUGAACUAUGCCUGUCUGGGAUGUCUGUGAAAGCUAAACUUUUGUUGAACCAGCUACGAUCACUGUGUGGAAAGGUCGGAGCUUUGUUCAGUCUGUCCUGUGUAAUCACUCCCAUUGCACAGCCUGCAGCCAGCCAACUCAGCUCCCAGCGCUGGAGAGAAUCUCUAUCUAGGAGACCAAAGUCUUUACCAGUGCCCGAUGUUGAGGUCAAAGGUGAGAGUGCUGCCUACUUCCUGUUGGUCCAGGGCUCGGACAACGCUGAGCGUGAAGCCUGCAGGGUCAGGAUGCUGCACUCAGACAGUCAAAUUAAUGGAGCGGCUGCCAUGGCAACUGUGUCCGCAUUACUGAGAGAGAAGCCUCUGUCAUCAUCAGGAGCUGCUGCAGGCAACAUCCUCCACUCUCUGCCAUGUCUGCAAGGAGACUACAUGCUGAGGAGAGAGAGAAGAGUGAGCCAGGUUCAGAAACUGGCACUUCAAGAAUAUCUUAAAAAGAAAGGAGCAGCAUCGAUACCUGUCAGUGACUUGAAGGUCAUUCUGAAUCUGGCCAGGGAGAAUUAUCUGAAGAAGGCUGACUCCACUCUGCCCACUGCUGCUGCCUGUCUGACAGACAAUCAGCCCUCAAAAAGCUCAGGUUUUCAGAUCAUUUCUCAGCUGCCGUCUGACUGGCCUGAGAGAAGUGUCCUGCACAAUGUGGAAAACUUGCAGAAGAGACGCCAGAAGAGAAGAUUUGGUCUGUUAGGUCCAGGCUCUAGUGACAGUCUGCUGGGUCCUAAAGAUGGCCAGAGAGGCUCUUCUACUUUACUUGAUGCCAAAGAACUUCUGAAACACUUCACGUCUGAUGGUCUGCCUGCGGGGGAGCUACAGCCGCUGGCCAUUAACAGAGGUAACAAUGCCUUCCAGUUGUCACAAGACCUUUCUCCCAGGAGAGUCAGCAAACUGCCUUUCAGCAAAGCCUCAGCCUCCCAUUAUCACGGCAUAGAGUUCUGUCUGGAUAACCAGCGGUCUUUAGAUCGAGACCAGGCCUUUGUACGGCUCCAAUCUCGUCUGAUUCGGUAUGAGACCCAAACCACCUGCUCCAAGGAACCGUGCGCCCUCCCCUUUGCCCUCAGCCCCGCUCCCUCACCAGCUGUGAUGUCAGAACCAGGAAGCGUGCCUGAUGGCGAGACUCUGCAGAACAAUGAUGUAGCACGACUCAAGCGCAGGUCCUGGGAAGCAGACAUUGUUGGAGGCUAUCCUCACAAGAGGCUGGCAAAGUCCGAGAGCAGUGACUCCCUCUGUUCUCAGAGUAGCAGCAGCAGCGGGACACAUCCUGCCAUUAGGUCUCUACGACGACAACCAAGCAGGUCGCAGUCCACCUCCUCUGUAAACAGUUCCUCCUCUUCAGCCACAAGACCGACAUCAGGCUUGGCGACUCUCGCUUGUGUUGACAGACCUAAAUGUCAACAGCAGAAGACGCAUCAAGGACACAGCGAGGACAAACUUGCCAAAGAGUCACGCUCCCAGAAACAUAACAGGAUGUUGCAGGAGGUAGUAGCUAAAACACUCAAACACCAUGGGAUCACUGCUGAGCAUGAUUGCUUUGAGGCUUGCAGCAAAAGACUGUUUGAUAUCUCGAAAUUUUAUCUCAAGGAUCUGAAGACAUCUCGGGGUCUGCAUGAUGAGAUGAGGAAGGCAGCAAGCAGCAAUGUUAAGCAGGUCAUUGAUUGGGUAUUGGAGAAGACCUCAAAACAAUAAAGAUGAUAACAAAUCAGGAUCCCCUAUAGCAGCCUGUCGUUUUAAGCUUUUGUUUGUGCCUGGUUUUGUGCUCAUCCACCCUCAUAUACUCCUGCUGCUCCAGAGCCAAGAACAGAAAAACACUCAUAUCUACAUACACUCUGCUCCUCCUGCCGAGAAGCCCCAAGGGCUUUGGAUGCUGGCUUCAGGAUGAAGAUGUCUUUUCUCUGUAGCAGUUUUCUAACCCCCACUACUUAUUUUAUUCUAAAUUACAGUUGUUGUUAGGUUGUUAAUUUGCCUUUAUGAAUGUACAGAUGUUUUUGUUUUGUAUUUUCCUGUUUAUCACAAUAAAUGCAUGUGGGAGCACUUUAACCCCCCAGGAAAGACACUGUGUCUGUGUGAAAACUAUACAAUAAGCUUUGCAGUUGGUGUUGUCUUCCAAAAACAGAUGAUGAUGAUGAUGUCCCAUUCUGGAUGGUAGCUGUUGUGCAGACGAUGAAAACAAAGCCAACAGCAGUGCAGCAAAAUAUGCUUUGCUAAUUAUAACUGACGGUCCAGCUUGUCAUAGUUUGGUUUGAUUUCAAACACAUCAGGAACAUACUGCUAUAAUUUCACCAUCCUUAUAAAGAAAACUACUCACAGCCAGCUUUUCACAACUGGUACCACAAUUACUUUUCCCCCCCCCAAAGAGAAGCUGACCGCAGGUUUCUGAUUCCCAAAUUAACAUGCAAAACAGCUUUUUCUGUGAUGAUUUUUGUCUGGGUAUUACUUUAUCUGGUGGAACAAGGUGACUAUACACUGUUUUCUUACUGUGCACGAGAAGCAGACUCCUGCUAGGCCAAAUAUGGUGUGGAAGGCUCAUGUACUGUUACAGAAAUAAUUUGAUCAAGUUGUUUGGACUCAGAGGCACUCUGGUGAAAAGCAAAUAGCAUAUCAGUACCAAAUCCUCAUGAUUUGGGCUAGUUUUGGAGCCAAAGGACCUGAGCACUUUGCAGUUAUUGAGUCAACCACGAUAUCAGGUGGGGUCAUGCAACAGGACAAUGUUAUAACAGAAUGGCU